UAGAUCUAUCAAGGGUCAGGAUGGAUACUAGCCAGAUCAUCCUAAGUGCUGGUGUUGAAGAUGCUGAAAGAACAAGAUUACUAUUUGGCUCAUCCUCUGAAGACAGCACCUCAUUCUCAAGGUCAUCAAGCAGAGGCUACAAGUCGAGUUUUAGUAUUUUUUCAACCGGAGGAGCUGUGAGCUGGAGGAAUGUGAAAUUGUCAUUAUGGAGACGUUUGCCUAGAACCAGGCCAGUUAUCUAUGUCCUUUUGAUACAUCUCUUUCAAUACUUCGGCUAUCGGUUAUUGGCAGAGCAGAACAGUGUGCAUAUAAUUCAACCUUCAGAAUGGAAUAAUACAAUAUUUUCUGUCGGUAUCUAUGGGUUUCCAGCUCUCUUCUAUCCAAUUGGAGGGAUAUUGGGUGACGUCUACUUUGGUCGGAAAUUAAUGUCACGUAUUUGUCUAUUUAUCAUAUGGUUUUUUUCGAUCUUACUAACGAUUAAUUUUACAAUUUGCAGCUAUGUCAGUAAAGAUAACGUUGCUUUUAACGUUGUUCUCCCCAUUGUCUUUCUUGUCAUCAUUGGAAUAUUCGAAGGUAUUUUUGAAAUUAAUCUGUUAACGUAUGGCGCUGGUCAACUGUGCAAUUCCCCCAGUGAGGAAGUCAGCUCUUUCAUUUACAUGUGGUACUGGACAAAGAACUUAGCUGCUGUUUUGGGAAUAUUGAGCAGUACAGGAUUCAGAAAGGUUUCCACUGCUGUUGCCGGCCGUAGUGGAUUUCCACCAUUGGCAGCUGCUACAGCUUUGACGGUAGCCUUGCUGCUACACAGAGCUUGCCAGGACAAUUUCGAAACAGAGAGCAGAAACCGAAACCCCAUCAGGCAUAUUUGUGGUGUCCUCUGCAAUGCUGCUCACUCACGACCAAAGCAUCAGUUUAUAAGCGCCUUCCGUUACGGAGAAGACCCUCCAUCUGGACUGGAGUAUGCUAGACAAUAUCAUGGAGGGAAAUAUACUGAUGAACAGGUCCAGGAUGUGAGGAGUUUUGGUAGGAUACUACUUGUUAUUUUAACUUUGAGUGGAUUUGUGUCAACUUAUGGAGCUUAUUUAAGUAUGUCCAAUUAUCAGGUGAAGCAUUUAAAAGAAAUUUCUCCUCUUGAAAGAAAAUAUUUUCUCUUUCAUCAGUUAAGCAGUCUUACUGUCUAUUCUGUAGUGGUUCUCUUAAUUCCUUUACUAAACAACCUAAUAUUUCCUUUUAUGUCUAAUUAUCUUCCUAACUCUCGAAAGCGCAUUGGAUUGGGUCUAGCUUUUGGUUUCUUGUCAGUACUGCUGGCUGCUUGUCUUGGCUCUAAAACCUCCGAUGAUAAUUUAUUGCUGUACCUAUUACUAUCAAGUGUAGUCAUGGGCAUUGCAGAAACAUCAGUCUUUGUGCCUAUUUUGGAGUUCAUUUAUGCUCAAAGUCCAGACAACAUGAAAGGUCUUUUAAUUGGAUGUCAUUAUUUUUUAAUCGGAGUCUGGAGUGCUGUCGUCUCUGUCAUAUAUUUUGGUGUUAAGAAUGAAUAUACAGGGGACGGUCACAAACAUGACGAUCCUAAGUGGCCUAUGUAUUACUAUAUAAGCUAUUCAGUUGUGAGCCUGGUUGGGCUGAUCCUGUUUUGCAUUGUGAGCCUUUUCUAUCGAAACAGACAAAGGAACAAUCCUAUAUCAGAUAUAAUGAGGAUUUCGAUGUACUACAAAUGAAAAUAAUUUUUAUUUUAAUCCUGCUAAAACAUUAUUGCCAUACUUGACACGCUGAUUGUUAUACUUGUCUUGUGUUUUAUAACAUUUAUUAUUAAAUUGUGCUUGCAACAUUAAAUUAUACAUCUUUAUUGUGUUUUUAAAAUGCAAAAUUUAAAUUUAG